AUGUCCUCCCGCGCCCAACCUCUCUGUCGCAGCUCUUCUGCGUCCAGCAUCGCAUCUGAUGAUACGACCCAAAGCUGCGAUACCGUCGACACCAGUGUCUCCUCCCAGAACAAUGCCGACGUCAUUCGUCGUACACGAAAGAGGUUCACGAACGUCCAGCUCAUGAUGCUCGAGCAUCUCUACCACGAGACCUCCCACCCGACGAGAGAACAGCGCGAAGGUUUGGCAAGAUCAGCAGAACUGGAAACGCGCUCCGUCACGGUCUGGUUCCAGAACAAACGUCAAACCGAACGUCGCGUCGCGCUCCACAAUGCGACAACUGGUGCCCCACAGUCCGCUCUCUACUCCACCCCCUCAGACUCCACCAAGCACCCACGUCCAGCCCGACGCGCCUCGACCGACAAGCACACCCACACACAGCGUCCCCUUCUCGCCGGCCACCUCUCCCUCGACCGCGUCGCCGCGCGCUCCGAGCGUCCGUCAGCACCGUACCCCUCCCGCACGCCUUCUCCGCUCAGCACCUUCUCCCCAGCACCCACUGUCCCCACGACUCCCCCAAAACGCUCUGCCUCGCUCUGGGAGAUGCUGCCGUCGUCGCCUAUGGUGUCCCCUUCUGCGUUGGACCCCAAGGCGGAGCGCACCCUCGUCGACUUUGGCCGCCGCCGUCUCCACGGCAUGCGCACGCUCGAGUGGGCAUGCGCCGCGGCUCGUGUGGAGGGCCGUGUGGAAAAGGAGCCCGUGCAGGAGCAGGAGUCGGCAGAGCGCGAACCGUCCGAGGACGACAUGGUGCUGGACCUCGGCGAGGAGGACGUGCACGAGGCAGUGGCCCCGAAGACUACCGUGUCGUGCAGGCUGCACAAUGGCGUCGAGAGCGAGAAGCCGAACAAGGAGAACAUCAGAGUAACGGCGACAUUUGCUGUGUACGUCCCCGUGAAAAUUCGAAGAAAGUCGGGGCGGGAGGCGCCUGAGCUGCGCGAUGAGGACGUGAUGAACGCUGCGUUGGCACUGUGCGGGCUGGGAAGGAGUUGA